AUGAGUGCUGCGACGAAGGCGCCAGCGAGUGGCGCUAAAAACCCACAGCUGCUCAUCAGACGCAGAGCUGACAAAUCCGACCUGUCUCUGCGUCCCCCAGUUGAGAUUGGGUGUUUCUCCAUGGAUGACAAGCGUGCCAUAUUCAUGGACAGACGAGAGGCUCGUCGCUGCGUGGAAGUUCCAGAUGGCGGUUUGAGUUCGCUAGCAUGGGAUUUGAACGAAGGAUCUGCAGACUUUCAAUGGAGAGACGAGGAUAACAUCAAAGCAGAGGGAAUCAAGCCACUUCUGGAAUGGAUCAUGGCGAACAAUACGGUUCUGAAGGAGUUUCCGGACACGACCUUCGUCUUGAAACGAGGAGUCAUGAAAGAUGUACUCACAACUCCCUACGAGUUGGAAGCCAGGUACCCCAAGGAAUGGCGUGUCAAAGUGUGCCGAUUUAGGAACGUUAUUUACCUGUGCAAGGAUGUGCAGUUUCCAAAGUGGGACAGCUUUUCCAGUUUAAGCCCACGUGAUCAACAGACGACACACUGGGGUUUUAGGUUUGAAUCCUACUGCACAGCCCCCAUCACUCCAGAAGCUGAACUGAACAGCAGGCCGAAUGAUACCGCGGGAUUUCACACCGUGGUCUACACGCAACUGGCUGAACAUUGCUUCAUAUUGGCUGGGGAGGUGGAUGGUGAGCUUGAUCGACCAGGCCAGUCACCACCCUCCAACUCCAACUAUGUAGAGAUGAAAAUCCAGAGAGAAUUGGCAAAGCCUCAACACAGGGAGACGUUCCACCGUCGUAAGCUGCUCAAUGCAUGGGCUCAGUGCUACUGCAGUGGUGUACCAAACCUUCUGAUAGGAUUCCGAGAUGACGACGGUAUUGUGCAUAGCGUCAAAAGUUACAAAACUGCAGACCUGCCUCGCAUGUGCAGGGACUAUUGGAGUGACUCUGGGUGCCUGAAUUUCGCUAAGGACCUCUUCGACUGGCUGUGGGAAUGCAUCGAGGAGACUGACCCUCUGCAAGUACAGUAUGAAGUCACAUUUCAACCACCCUUCACCAGCAUAACACUACGCAAAGUCAAGCUGGACGAUAAAAGCGCCGCCGUUCUCACUCCAGAGUUUGUGGAGACGAAAUCAGCAGCAAAAAGUGAGUGA